UUUUUUUUGCAACAUUUCAGCUCCUGCAGAAACAAAUAUCAUUUUUUUGUCAGCUACAGGGGAAGAAAGUGGUUGUUUCAUUUGACCAAGAUAUUCAAAGUGUAUGUAUUGAAGGAAAGCAGAAGUUAAACAACUGAGUGAAACAUUUUGGGGAAGUUUUGUUUUUGUUGAAGUGCAUGCAAAAGUGCAAGUGGUUCAAUGAUCUUUUGUGGUGGAGGAGAGGUUGUAGAGAGGGGUGAAGCUUCAGGUCCCGCCUCGAGCAUGAAGAGUGACGUCACAUAUUUAAUGAGUCAGGGCUCCGAGCUGCACAGUUUCUCCACAGAGGAGUCGGAGCAGAGCGGAGGACGCAUUCACAUCGGACUGGAACACAGAGAGAGGUUUAAAGACAAUGAUGGAGCUAAUGACUGCUACCCCUUUCUACCACCUCAACACGACAGAUGACAGUGGAAGAAAUGGCUCCUUGUACGACGACGGGGACGAGUAUGACUACAAGGACGAGCACGGUGAGCUGAGACAGUCUCUCAACAUCAUGUCCCUCAUAGUUUACUGCCUGGCCUUCGUCCUCGGCGUGCUUGGGAAUGGAGUGGUCAUCUGGGUGACCGGGUUCAAGAUGAAGAAAACGGUGAACACGGUUUGGUUCCUCAACCUCGCCGUGGCCGACUUCCUGUUCACAGCAUUCCUGCCCCUAAGUGUGACGUACACAGCUAUGGAUUUCCACUGGCCCUUUGGCAAGUUCAUGUGCAAGCUGAACACCACCAUUAGCUUCCUGAACAUGUUCGCCAGCGUCUACGUCCUGGUGGUGAUCAGCGUGGACAGAUGUGUGUCGGUGGUUUGGCCUGUUUGGGCUCAGAACCACCGGAACGUACAGAAGGCCUCCUGCGUGAGUUUGGGAGUUUGGGUGCUGGCGUUGAUUCUCAGCGCUCCCUACUUCAUCUUUAGGGACACCGGGCCGUCGUACCACAACGAGGACAUCAUCAACUGCUUCAACAACUUCGCCUUUUCCGAUGACUACGAAACGCCGUCCGUGAACCGGCUGCGACAGUUUCGUCACCAGGCCAUGACCAUCACCCGCUUCCUCCUGGGAUUCGUCGUCCCCUUCACCGUCAUAGUCUGCUGUUACGCCGUCAUCAUCCACCGCCUCAGGAGAAACCGAACCCUGGCCAGCCAGUCCAGCCGCCCCUUUAAGAUCAUCGCCGCCAUCAUCAUCACCUUUUUCCUGUGCUGGGCUCCAUUUCACAUCAUGGGUCUAAUUGAGUUGGUCAACCACAUGGCUAAUUAUACAAGCGACACUCUGGAUCACAUCACCACUAUCGGGGUCCCCAUAGCCACCAGUCUGGCCUUCCUUAACAGCUGCCUGAACCCACUGCUGUAUGUGUUCAUGGGCCAAGAUUUCAAGGAUAAAGUCCGCAAAUCCAUCCUGAAUGUACUGGAGUCGGCCUUCCAGGAGGAGGUGUCUCGCUCCUACACCUACACAAACUCAAUGGUCACCAGUCGGAGCAAAGAGAAAUCGGUUUCUGAUGCUGAGAUCCUCAAGACAAUCUCUUCCACUUGACAUGAGGGAAAGACUUCAUCUGUUACAAUUUGGCUGAUCAGAUCUAAAGUACAGUGUUUCCAAAAGAGGAAGAACUUUAUAAAUACCUUCACCAACCUGCAUACACACCUCCAAAUGAAGCAACCCAUGAUGCUGCUUUAUUCUAGUGAGUACGCGUGUGCUUCUUUUUUGUGCAUUUGUGUUUUCAGCUGCGCUUUGUUAAACCUAUUCGAUGCAAUUUUUUUUCAAGAAAGAAAGCCCCAAUUUUUAAAGCCUGAUUUAUGGUUUAUUUGUUAAACACAAGCAGCAUGAAGACACCAUUUAGUUGAUUAAGAGAAUGUAAAUUGCGUGCACUCCUCGUGUUAAUUGCCAUCGUUUUGCCUGUGCAUGAUGGAAAAGAAAAUGAUUCAAGUGCCAGUUACGUAAAGGGCGUAACUAUGGGUUUUACUGAUUGUGUUUUGGCACAUCACCUAAAAAAUAUGUGAUUUAGGAGGUUACAGAAAAGAAAACAAUGCCUUUCCUGCUGUUCAGUAUAGCAUGCUGUAAAUGCACAAGAAAGAUGUACAGUGUCAAAUAUUGUUGCCCAGUCACCACAAAUGGCCUCAUACCAAGCUAACUUCCCCUUUUUCACCCAAUUCUACGCGGCCACUGAUCCCACUUUGGCCAAAACUGGGCACAUGCCACUUCCCACAAAGCCCAUCUUUGUGUGCAUUCAGUUUAUAGAUUCCUUAUGCUGUAAGAAGCACCUGUUUGCCAUCAAUUCUGCCAUCUCACUGUUGGAGCUUAUUGUCGACUGCUACGUGUCUACUGCAUGCUUUUGCUAAACAUGUUAUUUACAUUUGUUAUUAAGCAUAAGGGCAGUCUAAUGUAAUCCCAGUUAAUAUGUACGAUAAUGACUAUAAGAUUAUUGUGCUUAAAGCAGCAGCCGCAUUGUACGUUUAGUUUAGUUUGAUUUUUUUUUGACGUAUUUUGCUCCUUUGAAAGGCUGCCAGAGCAGUGAGGGGUUAAUGUUUGUGACUUUCACUCUAAAUGCAUGCAUGUUGUGCUAUAAUCUAAGAAUUUUGUGUUCUCAAAGAUGGUCAGGAUCUUGUCAAUAAAGACAAGGCAGAAAUCCCAAUUGUUCUCAUUUUAGAAACAGGAAUUAGCAGGUUUUUCAUAUUUUUGUCUCAAAAUGUCACUCAGGAAAUCAGUUUGUUAGCAAAACUGUUGCCACAAUUUUUUUUAACAGAGUAAUGAAAAUUAAUGAGAAAAAGGCAAAUAAAAACAUCAAUUCUUAAUUUUAGAAGCAGAAAUCAAUGGAUUUUUAAAAUAUUUUUUGCCUAAAUAUAUUUUAGAAAUCAGUAAACUUAUUGCCAAAUCAUUUUCUCUCAACUUAAUAAUGGAAUUAUUGUUUUUAAUAUGGCAAGACUGCUAUUAUCUAAGAAUUUAGAAUUCCACAGAUAUUCUUAUUAUUGCAAAAAAAAUAUUUUUAAAAGCCAGUUUUUAAAAUUACCACUUAUUCUCAUUUUAGAAGCAGAAAUCAGCAGAUUUUAUUUUUCCCUCCAAAAACUUUACUCAGGAAGUGAAGUAGCUUCGUGCCAAAUUAUUUUCUUUCAACUGAAUAAUCAAAUUUGAUUACAAAAGCUAUUGUAGUAUUGUUAUCAAAGAAUGGUAUCAUUUCAAAGAUAUUCAGGAGUUAUUUGCAAAAAAAGAAAAAAUAAUUAUUCUCAUUUAGAAGCAUAAAUCAGCAGGUUUUUCAUGUUUUUGGCUCAGAAAAGUAACUCCGGUAAUCAAUCAGGUAUCAAAUUUGAUGCCAAAUCAUUUUCUCUUGACUAAAUGAUAAAAAUAAAAGGAAAAAUAUAAGACUUUUGAUAUAUGUGGUAUAUCAUCAUAUAGCAUGAAUCUGUCUAUAAAGGGUUAAUUCUAAUGUAUACAGUGUAAAUGAUAUUUUUUUUAUGUGGCCACAGGGCCCACUUUAGUAAGCGUUUAUAACCAGUAAUAAUGAUGAUGACUGUUAUUAUGGUUCUUGCUGUAACCAUUAUUCCCAUUAUUAAAAUAUUUUUGGACUUAACCGCUUUUCCAUUUGUAAUGUACAUUUCAUAAUCACCACAUGAGCGCAUCUUUCUCCCAGUAUUGUGCAAUUAUGAACAGUGAUUGAUAUGUGCAAGUCAAAAGCAAUACCCUUCCUAUUACAGAUUUAACCAGUAGAGGGAGCUGUUGUACACAUGAGGGACAUCACAGAUAAAGAACCGCAAACUGCAGAAGGAAAAACACUGGUGCACACUGAAUGUUUUUCAGCUUUUAAGAGUGAAGAUGCAGCAUAUAUGUGUGCACAAUUAAAGGCUGCGGAGUCAGUGUCUUAUUCUCUUCUUAAAUGUAUUCACAGGAUUCUUAUGCAGCAAUGAAACUCAGGUCACUGCGUCUCCACCUCGUUUUGUGUUCAAUUUAUUUACAGAAUAUAUUUGUUGAGCUGAAUCUCAGGACAUGGGACUAAAUACUAUACUUCCCAGAAUGCACUGGUAGCAGCAAAGAGGUGCUUGACACCUGAUCAGUCAUCACUGAUUUAGAGCUCCUGGGAAGGACUGGAGGAAGCUCAGUCAUUCAGACGAGAAAGAAACAAGGAAAGAACAAAGGAGAUCCAAGUCCACUCAUGGAUUCAGUCCAAAGAUGCCAAUGGUUGGUGAAAUGUUUGUUUGCUUUCUUGGUGUUCUGAAAUGUUUCUUGAUGUGGUAAAGUUGAUGUUUACUGCUGUGUGAUUGGUUAAUGAAAGCACUGCAGCAUUUACUUCAUUGAUUUUAUGUCAAAUGAGUUUGAAUUAAGAUAAUUUAUUUUGAGUUUAUGCAAAGUAAAAAUGUAGAAUAUAUAUGUUUGUUAAAAGUUAAAACUUUACUAAAAUGUUGAUUAUUUGUUAUUAAAUUUAAAAGGCUUAAAAUGUGGACACUUUUUUUUAGAUUAUUAUUAUUAUCUAGAUUAUUCUUUAUUUGCUUUUAAAGGCUUAAGUGAUUGAUUCAUUUAAAUGGGUAAUAUGCCAGCUUUUUGGUUCUGUGUUUGAUGGCGUUAACUUUGUUUCUCUGUGUUUAAAGGUUUACAACCUAAUGCAAUAACACAACCAACCAACUAAAAGCAAAAUAAAUGUUUGAGUUGGAAAUUUGAA